AUGGUUAAGUCUCUUUAUGCGACUUCAGGAGAAGAGAAGUUGAAGCUCUACUCUUACUGGAGAAGCUCAUGCGCUCAUCGUGUCCGUAUAGCCCUCUCUCUCAAAGGGAUUGAAUAUGAGUAUAUACCAGUUAAUCUGCUCAAGGGUGAACAAUCCGAUCCAGAAUUCAAGAAGAUCAAUCCAAUGGGAACUGUGCCAGCGCUUGUUGAUGGAGAUAUUGUCAUCUCUGAUUCUUUUGCCAUCAUAAUGUAUCUUGAUGAGAAGUAUCCUGAGCCACCUCUCUUACCUCGCGACCUCCACAAACGUGCUGUGAACUACCAGGCAGCGAGUAUUGUCUUCUCUGGCAUACAGCCUCAUCAAAACCUGGGUAUCACUAGGUUUAUCGAGGAAAAGGUCAAUUCAGAGGAGAAAACUGCUUAUGUUACUAAUGCCAUUAAAAAAGGAUUCACAGCUCUCGAGAAACUGUUGGUGAGCUACGCUGGAAAACACGCAACUGGUGAUGAAGUUUACUUGGCUGAUCUCUUUCUAGCACCACAGAUCAACGGAGCUAUCAACAGGUUCCAGAUUAACAUGAUGCAAAGUGAUUCCUGUUGUGAUACCAUAGACCACCAUAUCCGCGGAACCGUACCCGACACUUGCAAAGUGUUACCAAUCAUACAACAACCUUCCUGCGUUUCAAAACGCAGUUCCAGAAAAGCAGCCAGAUGCUCCUGCUUCCACCAGCUGAUCCUGUGAACUAGUAGAAAGCUAUUCUCAGCUCAAUAAAACCUCACAGCAAACAUUAGCAACAAUGAUAAUAUUUGUACCUUGUACUCAUAUACAGAUGUAUCAUAUGAACAAGUUUACUUCUAAGUUACUCUGCUUGUAUUAUACAAUAAAGAUCACAGAGUUUGUAACUCGCAAAGAUCAUUUAUG